GAGUUCACGGCGAUGCGGGACCAGUACAUGCGCGCCGGGGAGGGCUUCAUCAUCUCGUACUCCAUCACCGACCGGCGCAGCUUCCAGGAGGCGCGGCAGUUCAAGCAGCUCAUCUACCGCGUGCGGCGCACCGUGGACACGCCCGUCGUCCUGGUGGGCAACAAGUCCGACCUGGCGCACCUCCGGCAGGUGUCGGUGGAGGAGGGCCGGGGGCUGGCGCGGGAGUUCCAGUGCCCCUUCUUCGAGACGUCGGCGGCCUUCCGCUACUACAUCGACGAGGUGUUCGUGGCGCUGGUGCGCCAGAUCCGCCAGCGGGAGGAGGAGGCGUCCCGGGGGGGCGAGAGGAAGUCGCGGCGACACCACUCCUUCUGGACCCGCCUGAGGUCCCCCUUCCAGAGGAAACAGCACUCCGAGCACUGA